AUGCUAGAUCUAGUGAUACCACCCAGCCUGACUGUAAAUAGAGAGUGCCCUGACAGACUGAAGCUUAACCUUUCCAACAUUUAUGCCACGGCUCCAGAUGACAUAGAAGGCAGCAGCAAAGCAGCUCCACAGUGUCCUCUCCAUCUGUACUCCACAAAACAUUAUCCCCAUAUAGUGACAGUCUCAUCUUUCCCAACAAUGGCAACGUACGGACAGGCUCAGUACAGUGCGGGAAUCCAGCAGGCUGCUGCAUACACUGCCUAUCCUCCUCCGGGGCAGCCCUAUGGCAUACCCUCCUACAGCAUCAAAACAGAAGACAGCCUGAGCCAUUCCCCAGGGCAGAGUGGGUUUCUUAGCUAUGGAUCCAGCUUCAGUACCCCAACUGCCGGACAAGCACCGUACACAUACCAGAUGCAUGGCACAACAGGGAUUUACCAGGGAGCCAAUGGCCUGACAAAUUCAGCAGGAUUCAGUGCUGUGCAUCAGGAAUACUCAUCAUAUCCAAGCUUUCCUCAAAGCCAGUACUCACAGUAUUACAGCUCCUCCUACAACUCUCCGUAUGUGUCUGCAAACAGCAUCAGCCCGUCAGCCAUCCCAACCUCCACUUACUCUCUGCAGGAGUCUUCUCACAAUAUCACCAGUCAGAGCACAGAAUCGCUGUCUGCAGAAUAUUCAACAACGUCAGCAAAAGAUAUAGAAACAGACAGACAUCACAGAGGGUCAGAUGGCAAGGUACGAGCCCGGUCAAAAAGAAGCAACGAUCCUUCCCCCACUGCUGACAGUGAGAUUGAGCGUGUGUUUGUGUGGGAUUUGGAUGAGACGAUAAUUAUUUUUCACUCCUUACUCACGGGAACCUUUGCAUCCAGAUAUGGGAAGGAUACUACAACGUCUGUGCGGAUAGGUCUUAUGAUGGAAGAAAUGAUCUUCAACCUUGCAGAUACACAUCUGUUCUUUAAUGACCUGGAGGACUGUGACCAGAUCCACAUAGAUGAUGUAUCAUCAGAUGAUAACGGUCAAGAUCUAAGCACAUACAACUUCUCGGCAGAUGGCUUUCACAGUUCAACUGCCAGUGCAAAUCUGUGUCUGGGCUCGGGCGUUCAUGGGGGAGUUGACUGGAUGAGGAAAUUAGCAUUCCGCUACCGUCGGGUGAAAGAGAUGUACAACACCUACAAAAACAAUGUAGGGGGUUUAAUAGGAGCUCCAAAGAGGGAAACCUGGCUGCAGUUAAGAGCAGAACUUGAAGCGCUGACUGAUCUCUGGCUCACACAUGCUCUGAAGGCACUGAAUUUGAUACAUUCCCGGCCUAACUGUGUGAAUGUGUUGGUCACCACAACUCAGCUCAUACCAGCUCUCGCUAAAGUGCUUCUCUAUGGACUGGGCACUGUCUUCCCCAUUGAAAACAUUUACAGUGCAACAAAAACAGGGAAAGAGAGCUGUUUUGAAAGAAUAAUGCAAAGGUUUGGAAGGAAAGCUGUGUACAUUGUAAUAGGAGAUGGUGUUGAAGAGGAGCAGGGAGCAAAAAAGCACAACAUGCCAUUCUGGAGAAUCUCUUGUCACGCUGACCUGGAAGCUCUUCGGCACGCCUUGGAACUUGAAUAUUUGUAG